CACGUGAUCAUUCGUUCCCUCGUUGCUUCCAUUUUCUUCAAGCUCACUUGAGUGAGGCACCUCCAGAGUCUGCGUGCUUGCCACCUUGGCGAAUGGCAAGUAAUUUGCGGUACUGAGUUUUUACCCUUAACCUUCUCAAUUUUAUUAUCACCACUCUUCAACCAACUUCUCAUCAAUCUUCCCAUUGUCUGUUUCUGUGGAUCUUGCGAAGAUCACCAUAAAUCCACAAGUUCAUUGUUCUCCUGUUGUCGAAUUCGGAGUAGUAGUACUACAUCCAAGAGCACGACUCGUCCGCCGUCCCCAUUGAAUUGGAGCAGCAUCUUGACAAACUGGUGUUGCCUUCUUAAUCAUCAGCCAGUACACGGGCUGGGGCCUCCUGGGUUGGAUCUGCGUAGUAUCUGUUGACUGAGGAUUUGCAUAGCUCGCUGCUAGUCACAAUGUCUCAACCGCUUCCUCCUGGCCGUCCAGACUUUGACAGUCAGCAACAACCUUCCCCAUCAAGCAACAGUGAGGAUGAACACUUUGCUGAUGAUAUGGAUCAUUUAUCUGCUGCGGAUGAGGUUGAUCAGCUGGGACCAUACGAGGACGAUAACAACGUGGAACCUGCGGGGAUCAAUGCGCAGGACAGCAAUCCAUCUGUGAUUGAGGAAACCCAAUUCGUCCCUCUUGAAGCUGACAGCCAACGCGAAACUAAAGCCUUGGAUGUACCUCCUGCACCAGCUGUGGAUGAAAGCCUCAUCAAUGUCCAAGACAGCAAUCUGUCACUGAUUGCAGAUACCCAGUUCGUUGAUCUUGAAGUUGACACUCAAGCGGAAACUCAGGUCUACCAUCCACCUGCCGUUUCCGGCGUUGCUCCCAGUUCCGAGCAGGCGAUCGGCACAGCUAACAAUCAAGCUUGCGGAGAAGAGGCACAAGUUUCAGGUGUCAAUUGUGAAAACUUCAGCAACACGGAUCCCUACGCGGACUUACCAACUAAAGCUGCUAAGAAUGGUAAAAUUUCAGGCUUUAUUCAGCGUCCUACAGUCAGUGAUGAUGAGCAUGAUGGAAAGGGCUUCAAGUUCCGACCACCAGCCAAGCCUGCUUUGGUUCGACCACAAUCCAAGGUUUAUCAGAACGCGUUUGGAGUAAGUACUUCGGCCGCAGCCACGGAACCAAGAUCAGCUUUCGAGCCUGUCCACCGAACUGAAUCUGCGACCCCACACUUCGUUAUCAAUACUCUUCCGUCACAAUCGGAUAUCGAUACCACAAGCUUACUACAGAUUCCUCAAGAUGCGGCAAACAGCAGCACCGUUCUUCAAGCCUUAGAUCAUGUGCCAAUACACACAGUCGGACAGAGGGACCAAAGUGAAGGUACUACAAAUGUAUUAGCAUCUUUAGAAGCGAAAGCGAUCGUUUCUCUACAACACGAUCAUGUACACCCACAAGUCGAAAAAUCCAGUAAUAUUCAUGCGGCGGUAUCAGACCAUUGCGUUCUUGAGGAUAUUCCAUCAUCAGUGUCCUUGCAUCCCAUUCCAGGUGCCGAGCUCGCCAACCCACGCCAAACGGGGACCCUGGAUCCCAGCCACAUUUCGAAAGACAGAGUCAACAAUAUGCAAGCCAGUCGAGAAGAAUCUGGUCAUCAUUCGGCACCACGUAGAAGCCCGUUGAAACCAUUGUCAGCCGCACGAAACAGCGGGCAAGCUCGGAGAAAGUCUCGUAGUCGAUAUAAGCCGUUCCCCGAGGUAGUACAAAACCUUCGUGCCUUUCCUCGUGAAAGUACCGCCUUCGACCGGCACGAGACAGAGGUUUCGGCACAACUACGAGUUGAUAAUGUAUCCAACAGCUCAUUUUCUGGAGCAAUGUCCAACGACAAAAGGUCAAGAACAGCUAAUUUUGAGUCAAAUCAAGUACCCGACCAUUCUUUGAGCAAAGCCGAUCCGGAAGUACCAACUCAGCCUCGUGAUCACCUCACCAGACUUGACCAAGGUACUGGCUAUCCUGAUCGUUCACAAACUCUCUCUACGCAUAUUGAUCGUAGAGAGACUAUUCACCACCACGAAGCCGAUGGAUACCGGCCAGCCAGUCUCUAUCCACAGCAUUUACCUGGUUUAGCGGAAUCGAAUAUUGGAAUUGAGCUCACCGAGCAACAUGCUUUCCCACUUGAUGAGCUUGCAGGACCCCAGUGCUCUCAUUCUAAUGAUGGAGCUGUAUCUCAUCCACAUGAAGAGUCCUGUAAUAACGACGAAAUUGAGCUGCCCCAGGCUGUGGUUGAAGGUCAGGACAGAUUUGGUUCAGAACUGCUUUCGGGUACCAAGCGCAAGAUUGACGACAAUAUGCCAGACGACCAGAUGUCUUUCCAAGAACCACCUCGAGUACCAUCAAGAGCACAUUCCGUGUCAAGACCAGACUCGCGACGCAGCAAUCAGGGUCGAACACUACGACCCUUUCCCAAUGCCGAUCGCAAAUCUCGAGUUCUCAGCACAAAUAAGCAUGAUGCUGGUAGCUCGAAAGUACUUAAAUUAUCGGUCACCCAGAACUCGCUGAGUAUCGCCAACACUAAGGACAAGAAACACAUUUUGGCCAGCUACAAAGAAUUUCUGCACAAGGGAGAAAGCUACCAGGAGGUUUUCGAGCAGUAUGAACAACAAGCAGCAUUCAUCGAGACACAGGCGUCUAAGAUUGUGCAAAUGCAGGGAGAUGUCGCUUGUUCGCAGCAGAAAAUAAAAGCCUUGGAGGCAGAGAAGAUUUCUCUGACGCAAAAUAUGAAAAAAUUCGCCGACAUGAGCUCGAAGUACAAAACGCAUAUGAAUGAAGUGGUCAAAGCACAGAAAUACUUAACGUCUCAGGCGGCUCAGAUUCAAAAAGAGUCGAGCGAAAUCCUCAAAGCUCGCACAAUUUUUGAUAAGAUCAAGAAGGUAGUCGAAGAUGCCAAGGAUCUGCGAGUAUCGGCACAGCAGAUUCAUGAUGUGUCAACCCUCAACCAGGAGCUUAAACGUGCUAAUAAGAGACUUUCGAUCGAGAAUGAGAAGCUUGGAGUUGAUAAGACAAAUCUUGAGGAAGAUAAUGCAAGACUCAAGACAGACCUUGAUACGGAAAAAACCACAACGGAGUUAUUGAAAAAGGAUCUCGACCAGAAAGCUGAUGACCUGUUACUGGAGACGCGGAACAGGGAGCAACUUGAGAAGCAGCUCGAGUGUCAAGCUACAGUCCACAAGGAGCUCAUUGAUCAAUUAAAGCAGCUUCCUAACGCCAUGUCUCAAGAACUUCGGAAAGAGGAUGGUGUUCUAGCGGAACUGUUGGGCUCAGGAAACACAACACGUUCAAAGCUUGAUGAAGUAGCUUCUCUUAUUCAGCAGUUGAAGUCGGUCCAACCAGAUGCAUCUGCUUCGUUGGUCAAACUCUUUGAGGAUCUAUUUUCCAGGCACGAGAAUAGAAGCCAGAACUCCGAGGCCGGAAUAGCUGCUUUCCAGAAAGCCAUUGCAGAAACCUUGACGGAGCUUAAGGAUACACUAGGCCAACUCUGCCUGAGCAAAGAUGCCGAAGCGAUAUACAAGGAUCAGAUCUCAAGCCUCGACAAGGCCAAUGAAAUCCUGAAAGCAGAGAAGGCUACCAGUGAAAUUGAGGCACAGAGAUCAACCCAACAGCAUGAGGAACUUCGGCGCCAUCUUGCUGAUUGCAGAAGCCAGCUACACAGCAGAGAAGAAGAGCUCGAAGCGGCUCGUGCAGUUCCCGUAGAGGACUUUGGCUUAACUUCAAAAAUCCAGGAGCUCAAUAAGGCCAAGGAAGCACUUGAGACGCAACUCAAGAACGCUGAACAAGCAUUGAGGAAUGCCCAAAAUGAAGCCAAGUCUAAAUUUGAGGCCGAUGCCGAAAAUGUUGCCUGUAUCAAAGAUCUCGAACAGAAACUGGCCGCUGCUAUUAAUCGCAUCGAUAGCUUCGAGAACGAAAAAGCUAGGUCUCUUGCUGAUCAAAACCUCAAACACGAGAGAGAGAUCCAAAGGCUUGCUCAGACAGCACAUGAGCAAAGGGAAACAACACGUCUGAAGAGCCAGUCAGACUUAGAGAACACUGAGCAGAGGCUUGAGCAGGAGAAGUUGAAACAUGCGCAGACUUUGCAGGAUUUGUCACAGCUUCAAGCCCGGUUUAAGGCCCAAGCCGAAAGCACUACCGAUCGAGAAAACGAACGAGUGGCUUAUCUCCAACAGACAAAGCACCAGAUGGAACAAAUUCAACAGUUCAUUGAAAAAGCCCCCAGCCAAAAGACUCCCGUCUUGUCUUCUCAAGAGCUACAGUCAAUCAAGAAGACUGCAACAGACACUCGACAAAUGAUUGUUAAGGCCCUUGAAGAUCACUCACAGACCGUCCUGACAGCGGCUGAGGAACAAACCCGAUUUGAGGCCAAAAUUCGAAAGACCGGGGCUUUGGAAAUUGAGAAGUACGACAUGGCAAAGGAAAACAUUUCCUUGAAAGAAAAGAUCACAGAAAUGCAGCGGCAACGAAUUUCGCAUGCCACUGUGCCACAAUCAUUCGUCAGCGACACUCCUACCCCCAAUAUGCUACAGGAAGCGGAUGACGAAACACUCAGAUCGACUAUGGCUCGGAAAAAGCUUCAGAAAUCGAACGAUUUAAUUAUCACACCAAGCAAUAAUUCUAAUGUGGAGGAUUCUGGAUCGUUGCGUCGAGCAGCAAGCCUGAAUGCGUCUUCAUCACAGACCACCAAGAGAGGCAAUUUCGCUGGGAGCAAUAAGAUCAUGGUAACACCUCAAAUUGAAUCAAAAAGUGUGGAUGCCGGACUCUCUCGUGAAACCGAUUCUCAGCAGCGAGCAGCGAGCUCACAAAACUCUUGGAGAUCUAUCAAGCCUUUUUCGACGUUCCCAAAUUCAAGCCCCUCAACCGAAGACGACCUUGUUAGUCUUGUGGACUUCCCACCCGAAGAUAACGCCUCCCACGGAAAUGAUGUCAAGUGUACAAGCUCAAAGGCCCCUGGGCAGACUAUUUCUGGUGUGUCCUUGAGUGUCGCCACAGUUAUCAGGCGUUCCACUGGAGCAGAUACGCGUGGGCGUUCUGAACGUAAAACCAGUUUUGCCUCACAUGUUCCUUCCCAACCAUCACCUCGUGAUGCAAUGCCGGCCAAAUCCGCUAUGAAGAAGCCUAAACAAAAUCCCAACUAUGCUACUGAGGCUUCAAAUAUCGCUUCUAUUGUUGGCAAGGAAGAAAAUAUCAAUCCCCCCCGUCAGACUCUUGGCAUGGACAAUAUUCGAGGUUUUAGAAGUGGCGCUACUUCUACAUACAUUCUGCAUCAGAGUAGCACGCAGCAACUGUCUGGUGAUGUCCUGGAAAAAGGUUCAUACCCAGCUGCACCCAGCCGCUCCGGCCAGAAGAGACCACAUGAUGGCUUGGAGUCAAGCAAUGCAUCAAAACGCCUCGUUACGACUCAGAGGACAAAAUCGAGUACUCGCUCAAAAGAGAUUCCGGAUUCUCAGGAUAAGGGAAAGCCCUAUUGAGGGCCAUUCGACGAAAACCUUUGCCACUAUUUGUGCAACGAAAAUCCAUCCUUAAUCUUGGGCUCUAAACGGCUGUUUCGCUUGCCAACCUUGUUCUGAUACCAGUGUAUAUUGUCGGCUUCAUCCCCUGAUUUCGAAGCUACGAACUGGUGAACGGAGAUAUGUAACCAUGGGUUGCUCUGAAUAUGGAGGGAUAAUGUGAGAUGAAAGUUACAAGUGGUUGUGUUCAAGUCGAUGGAAAGUAAGGUGCUCAUUUCAUUGACAGAGAUCUUGCAGUAGGAUUUGCUGGGAGGGGACAUUCUUGGAGUCGAAUCUCUUGCUUCAGCACUUGAAAUGCCAACAUCCUGCCUGAAUAUAGAAUCUGCUGCGAUUGCAAUAGCUAGACAUGACAACUUGCUGAUCACAUGAUUGUACGAGUACACCCAUAAAUUUCCCUCAGUCCCUGUGAUGCAUGCCCAAACGCCAUUGGUUUUCCACACAACCCCAAGUUAAUGUACAAUGCAUUAUGAUCGAGUCAUUGAUGACUUCUGUGGUGAUAUGGCCCUCAGUUUGUACCUCUUGAUUCCGGCGAAGUGGCGAUCAGUGUCGUUGGGUUCUCAAGCACAGACUACCGUCCGCCGCGCUUCUGUUCGAGGAAAAGAACCUUCUUUCGUACUGAACGUGAGAGAAUUAGCUUCAUAUCCUGAAAUUUUGACCAAAUCCAAUCUUCUCUUUCCACAGACACAGCCGCUGGGAAGCUUCAUAUGCCCGUCAUGCCUUUCCUGCAUAGCACAAGCCUUGUCCGUCACCCUGGCCUUCUGUACCCAGCAGGAACAUAACAUCCAGUAUACCCAUAAAUAUUACCAAGCACCAGAUAUACAAAUGUCUGUAUAGAACGUACCAACAGGAUCGUAUUUCAGCAUACUCAGAGGUCGAUGCGUCCGCGGUCGAACGAGGGUUUUGUAGUAUCCGUAAGGCAUAUGUAAACUGGCGGGCUUUUGUUACCUUUCUUUGCCAUUGUGUGGGUGCUUGGUGAUGUUGAGGAGUUCACUUGGAGAGCUUAGGUGCAUUGUUCCUGAAAUUUUGUUUGGCCUCAGGUUGAGUGGCGUGCCAAGGUGUGGGUGGAUGUGGGCUCGGUUCGGCACCUCAAUAUUCAAAACAAAACAACGACGUUUGCCUGUAAGAUGAAAUUAUGGCAACCGCCAAACUGGGACAUACCAUGCUUUGUCUUUGCCUAUAUUUAAGAGAGUUGAUACCACUUGCUCGCACGUUAACGAUCACGCAUAGAAAUGGCUCAAGGUGACGAAGAAUAAUUUGAUGUUUAUGAGAUCAGCACUCGAGUCCACAUGAAAUGGAGCCUUGUUAACCUCAGUAUCUUCUUUCCAGUUGUACUGCUCAUAUCCUCCGAGGACUCUGCUCGAAUCUCAUCCUCUUCUUCAAGAUCCGUGCAUGUUAAAUACUCGACAUGAUGAUGCUUCAUCGCUGCCCCGAUCCCCCAUUCUGAUCCUUCCGAACAUCCAAGCAGAUCAACCUCUCACCUUUAACAGAGAGUACUUUCAGAAUGACGAAUCCACUGGCAAUCAUUGUCGAUAACUGAAUAGGGACAUCGAUGCUGAAGCCUUCACUCCCUGACUCGGCUCGCCUGUCGAACAUGCCAUUGUAGGGUCCUUUGGUUAUGAGCGUAGUAUUUCUUUCAUUAUGGAGCAGAUUGGUCAAGAUC